AUGGCAACAAACAGCAGCGGCGCCGGCGCUUCUCAGGUAUUCUUGAUGGAGGACAUGAUGAACAACAUUCUCCUCAGGCUGCCAACCGCUUCUAGCAUCGCCAGAUUCCGAUGCGUCUGCAGAUCGUGGCGGAUUCUCCUGUCCGAUCCCCAAUUCAUCCUCAAGAUCCUCUUCUCCCCAAACAAUCCCGGCCCGAAAAACUCCUCCUCCCACCAACAGAUCCUAAUCAAAAGCGGAGCAGAUCCUGCCGCCGCCCCGUCAAGCUACCGUUACUCCUUGCACUCCUACGACACCCUCUCCCCUGCCUCCGCCUCCACGGCGGCAGGGGAUUUGCCGUCCUUCAGCUCCAACUCCGCUCUACUCGUCGCGGGGUGUUGCCGCGGCAUAUUCUGUAUCGUCGAGAUGAAGCAUGGCGGCCCCGACGUCAUUCUCUGGAAUCCGGCCACCUCCGAGACCAAAUUGCUCCCUGUUUCCACCGCUCUGCCUCCACGGCGCAGGAACAUUAAUGAUGAAUAUAUCAGCGGUUUCGGGUUCGAUCCCGAAACCAAUGACUACAAAAUCGCCAGAAUACUGUUCUUCCCCGAAGAUGAUUUUCACGAGUACGACAUUGCUCCGCGAGAGACGUUAAGUGACGUGACAAUUGCAGAGGUGUAUAGCUUGAAAAACCACUCGUGGAAGAGAAUAACCGUCCCGGAUGGUCUAAUAAUGGAGAAACUCUCAUCUAGAGUCGAAAACAUCGAUCCUCGCGAUCAGUGGGGCGAUCACGAUGACUCUAAGAAACAGAGCAAGCGCCAUUGUUACUGGUUCUAUGCAUGCUUUGCACAUUGCUUUACUCUUUCGUUCGACACGGUCGAAGAAGUAUUUGAGUACACCGCCAUAACUCUGCCCCCGGUCCUCCGCGACGACACGUUCAUGGAUUCGAGAGGGAGUUUCAUGCUCAAGGAUUCGGUAAUUCUAGCGGUGUUUUGCGAUGGCGACGACAACUACUCGAUGUGGUGCAUGUUGAAACACGGCGUUGCUGAUUCCUGGACCCAGUUACACGCCUUCAGACCGCCCGUUUUUAGCAUGGAGUUUUUAGAGACAUGGAAGGAGGAUAGGUACAUCUGCUCGCGAGAGAGUCGUGGAUGUCAUCCGGCUUCGGACCCUAAAGAAGCAGAGGAAACCGAUGGGGUGUGGGUUUUUUUCCCCUUCGACGGGGAAAUAUGGUGAUCGGAUCGAAAUUCAAGGUCGAAAGAGUCCGUUCCAAGCUUACAGUUUUACUCCGACCCAAAUUUCCAUUUCAGAUUUGGAGUAGUUUAUGAUAGACUACAUACGGGAAGUUGGUAUUGAUUGUUAAGUUGGUUUUCUUUGUUUGUCAAGUUUCUUUGGUUGUAAGCCUAUAUCUAUAUGUUGUGCACUUGGUUGAGG